UCCAUCUCAUCCACACAUUAUUCUUGUUCCUUUCCGGGCUCAGCCACAAAGCCAGCUCCUGCGUGCUACUGCCCCUCAUCAGGUCAGCAUUUGCAUGUACUGAGAGAGGGCUGCUAGUAGUCGUAGGAGUGGUGCUAAAAAUGGUAACAAACAGGUGAAGUGAAAUCAGUGGCUGGCAGGCCGGAGCUGCCUGCCUGAAGGCAUGCUUCUUCCUCAUUGGUGCGCCGACCUGCGCCGCAAACAAUCACCAAGAACAGCAGCCGCCUGGCCUCCCUAAUCCCAAUUCAUCCCAAGAUGGAGGCGGCAGACUUGCUGAGCCUGGGCUUCGACUUCUACUGCCAGUCACCGCCUCGCUUCUUCGACGAACAGGACUGCCUCGCCGUCGACGACAGCAUCGUGUACGCGCCGACCGAGGCUGAGUCGGUCACCGGCCUGUACCCCUCCUACGGGGAGCGGGAGGCGUCGAGCUCCCCCGACGGCGCCAACUCCUGCUCCGGGCAGCAGGUGGCGCCGCCGCCGGCGUCGCCAGCUCCGGCGGGCGCGGCCACCACCACCAAGAACAUCGUCAUGGAGAGGGACCGCCGCAGGAGGCUCAACGAGAAGCUCUACGCGCUCCGCAGCGUCGUCCCCAAUAUCACCAAGAUGGACAAGGCGUCCAUCGUCAGGGACGCCAUCGCCUACAUCGAGCAGCUGCAGGAGGAGGAGCGCCGGGUGCUCGCCGAGAUAUCCGCGCUCGAGUCCUCCUCCGGCGUCACCGCUGCCGGCGUCAAGCUCAAGGCCCAGGACGAUGCCGACAGCUACCCGUGGCCGAGGAAGUGGACGCGAACGGCGCCCGGCGGCUCUUCCAUCGACGCCUCACCGCCGCUCCAGAUCCUCGAGGUGCAGGUGACGGAGGCGGGGGAGAAGGUGGCGGUGGUGAGCGUGCGGUGCAGCAGGGGCAGGGACGCCGUGGCCAAGGUGUGCCGGGCGCUGGAGCCGCUGCGCCUCAGGGUCGUCACGGCCAGCAUCGCCGCCGCCGGCGACGCCGUGGUCCACACCAUGUUCGUCGAGAUUGAAGAUAAGAUGAGUGGUGCUCAACUGAAGGAGAGAGUCGAGGCUGCUCUCGCCCAGCUAGAGGUGACCAGAUGCCCACUCAAGACCACGAGAUACUGGGAGGACUGAUGACCUGCGAGCUUGGCUUCUCAAUAACGGGCAUGUUUUCAUCUUAACUUUUUUUUCUUUUUCCAAUUAAGAUAGUAUACUACUACUACGGUAUCAACCCCAUGUAAUGCUCUAGGUUUUUCCAAAGCGCGACGGGGAUUGUAACUGUAUACUAGUACUUUUUGGAUGAGAAACAGAAAUGCUAAACAUGAACACAAUUUUGAUGCAUUGACUAACAGUGUUUUUUCUAUAAAAGUGUAUGUUAUAAAAAAAAUCA